AUGCCUGAAAGCAUCCAGCCGAACAUCCACUGUGUGGGCGACGUGGAGUCCACGAUGGGGGUCGCUCGUGAGAUUAUGGCCAACGCCAACGGUGCUCCAUACGCCGUGCUUUCGGAGUCACAGUCGAAGGGACGCGGUACCACUGGCCGCACGUGGGUGUCACCAAAAGGAAAUAUGUACUUCACUCUCUGCGUUCCUGAGAAGUCAAUCAACGAGGCGUUCGUUCCGAUUCUGCCGCUCGUCACGGGGCUUGCGUGCCGCGCGGCCGUCAUGGAGCUCAUCAAGGGUGCCAAUGUACAUGUGAAGUGGCCAAAUGACAUCAUCUACGAUGCCAAAAAGAUUGGCGGAAGCCUCGUGGAGAACGAGGAGGAGNGCCAAUGUACAUGUGAAGUGGCCAAAUGA